UUUUGUGACACAAUUUCGGGAGAGGUUAAAGAAAAAUGACCGAAAAUGCUUGGUUCGUCCUUGGAAGAGCUGCUAACGUUUCUGUGUAUGCACAGAUGGUGCAAAAUCAAUGACUGGAACAUGUCCUAGUCUUGUGGCACGAAUAAAGGAGAUCAACGAGAAUAUAGAAUGGACUCACGGCUGUAUUCAUAGGCAAGCAUUGGCAUGUAAGCAUAUUCCUGCAGAGUUAGCCAGUACUUUAAGCAAAGCUGUAAAAGUUGUGAAUUUGAUAAAGUCCCGUGCUACAAAUUCUGGUCUAUCUCUUGAACUAUGUGAGGACUUGGGAGUCUCCACGUCUCUUUAUUAUUUCAUACAGAAGUUAGUUUAAAAACUUGCGUACUUAGCCGAUAUUUUUUCUGAAUUAAAUGAACUAAAUAUGUCUUAACAAGGUCCAGGAAUCACG